ACAGAAAUGUGAUGCCCUCAUGGCUGGUUACUACAUCCGCAAGUACGAGGACAACGACUACGAGGCAGCACGUGCCAUAUUCUCUGAUGGAAUCCGACAUUUUGCUCUUGUUGGUGCCCGGCAUGCUCUUAGCUGCCCCCAGACCCACCUCCUGCUGCUGGGCGCCUUCCUCUUGGCCUACGUGGCUUCUGCGUCUGUCCUGUUCUCCCUCGGGGUCGUGUCUGCCCUCUUGGUUCUGGCUGGAACCGUACAAGCCAUCUGGCUCGAUUACGUCCAAGAUGCGCUUCGAGAAGACAUGCGGGACAUCCGGGGGACCUACCUGGAGCGCAAGGACUGCUGCUUCUGGGUGGUGGAGCAUGGCGAGGAAGUGGUAGGGACCGUGGCCGUCACCCACCCGGAAGAGCCUUCGUGGCGGGGCAGAGCGCUGGAGCUGAAGCGCAUGUCCGUGAAGAAGGAGCACCGCGGCCGGGGGAUCUCCAAGGCGCUCACUUGGACCGUCAUCCGCUUCGCCCAGGAGCGUGGCUAUAAGGAAGUCGUCUUGGGCACCUCCAUGGUGCAACACGUGGCUCAGCGGUUGUACGAGAGCAUGGGCUUCCGCCGAGUCCAGGUGCUCUCCCCUUCCCUCCUGUUUAAGCUAUUGCAGUUUUACUUUUACAUUUACAGCUAUGAGAUCCCAGAGUCUCACUGAUGCACACUUUACUCCGGAAGGUGGCCCUGGAGAACAGGGGGCGGCUUCUUUCCUGAUGGGAAGGAUUUUUGUGGGGUUGCAACCCUACAGGGCCCCAGUAUGUUCAUGGAUUCUCCACCCCUGCCUCUCGCCCACGAGGCAGCUGCUGUGAAAAGAUAACUGACUCAGUUGAGCUUUCCUUGGGUUGGAUUCCCAACUUCAGUAGGGUCUGAUUAAAAUAGUGUUCAUUGGAUAUCGGAUGGUGUUUAGAUGUUCCAGGACAGAGAGAACGGGCAGAUGAGAAUGGGAGCCUUCCUGUUCGAUGGCAUGGUGAGAUCAUCGUCCAAGCCUGGAGCCAGGUCCUUGAGUCUAGAUUUUUGUGGGCAUAAGGACCACGUUGCCCUCCUCAUAUAGGAGCCAGCUUUUUCUGAACUAGGGAUAAGUUUGGUCAACCUGCAGGUUUCAUAUCUGGAAGCAGGAGAGAAGCAGCCUCUUCCUUUGGCAAAAUGCUCCAUUAAAAAUGCACAUAUAAAGAAUUACUUACUAAAGAAUAUAAAAGAGCCCACUUGGCCUGAAAAGUCUACGCUUUUCUCCGC